AUGCUGCUCCCCGGCGCCCACCUCUCCGCCGAGGUUCUUUCAAAAGCAGCGCUCAUCGUCGGUGUUGAAGUUCUUUUACUGAGCACAUCACUCCUUUCAAUAUGUGUCAUUUGCACAACGCCCGAUUUAUACGACGUCAUCGGAUGCUAUUUGAUAUCCUUAUCGGUUGCGGAUCUUUUGUGUGCUCUGUUCCUGGUCCCUCUGUCGAUCUACUCGGCUUUGGAUCCACAAUGGCAAUUCUUUGGCUCAAAUUCUCUACUAUGCAAGUGCUCAGCCUAUGUCCAAAUAGCUCUCUUUUGCUCAACAGUCUACACUCUUGCUUGGAUAUGCAUUGAUCGAUACUCAGCAAUGACAAGACCGUCCCGUUAUGCAGAUCAAUCAUUAACGAGAUGCAAGUGUUGGAUCGUUUUCUCUUGGUUGACAUCUCUUCUUCUUUGCUGUCCGAUUGUAGUCGCUCAAAUGAAGGUGAUCUACUGGGAAGACGUUGAGUUGUGCGUGCUCGAUUGGUCGGCCACAUCAGCCUACUCUGGUACGUUAGCUCUACUCGUUUUUGGCCCAGCUCUUUUAACGAUCAUGAGCUCUGGAUGGAAAAUCAUUCGAGCGAUGAGGAGUCCACAUUUGCUCGAAGACAAUCAGAGAACGGUGAUUGAAACGGAUCCAAAUUUUGUGCUCACAAUGUUUCUCCUGAUAGCUUUCGCUCUCUCAUGGUUGCCACUUCUCGGUCUACGAAUCACCACUCAUUUCAUUCAUCUCGAAGAACAUAUGGAUGUUGAUGUUGGCAUGGUAUCGUUCAUUUUUAUCUGGUUGGCGAUUGCUGGUCCAUCAUCAAAAUUUCUGAUCUAUAUGUUCAUCAAUGGGCACUUUAGGAAAGCUGUUUUUCAGUGGCGACCAUGUCUCGUGUGCUGCUGUCCGGGCUACAAUCGACGACAGGAAUACAGAAACAUAUCUUAUGAGAAUUAUUUA